AUGCCUCUUGAUUAUCGACGAUUCAAUGGACCUGAGGAUAGCGUUUCAUAUAAGCAGUUCUCUACUAAUUUCACCCGUAGCUAUGAUGAAUUAUUUAAGGGUUUAUUUGAUGAAAAUGGAAAAAGAAUAGAUGGACGUGAAUUUACCGAGGCGCGCCCGUUGUAUACUAAAACAAAUGUUAUUUCCCAAGCUAAAGGGUCAGCUUAUGUAGAACUUAAAAACACAAAGGUUGUAUGUUCGGUGUUUGACCCGCGGGAAAUCGUUGGUCAUCAGAAUGAAUAUAGCAUAUAUGGGCAAAUAUAUUGUGAAGUAAAAUUUGCACCAUUUUCUUGCCCAAGAAGGAGAAGGGGACUUGCACCUGAUACAGAUGAAAGAGCACUAUCAGCUAACUUCAAAACUGCUAUACAGACAGCAAUACAAUCAACAAAAUUCCGAAACUUCCAAAUGGAUGUCUUUGUCUAUAUUCUAGAACAUGAUGGAGCAUGUUUAGCUGCUGCUAUAAAUGCUGCCUGUCUGGCAUUAACAGAUGCAGUUGUACCUAUGAUGGAUAUAUUUUCAGCUCGCACAGCUGCUGUUAUUAAUAAUCAGAUAUUUGUUGAUCCUACAGAAGCUGAAGAAAAUUUAGCUUUAAUGCCCACAGAUAACGAAACUAAUCAUGGCAUUAUAACAUUGACUGUUAUUGAUCAUUUGCGCAAUAUAACUGACCUGCAGCAAAUAGGUUCCAUUGAUGCUGAUUGUUUGAUAAAAGUUAUAGAUAUUUUGCUGGAGGAAUGUGCCAAAUUAAUGCCAUUAUUUAAGGAUCUAAUUAUAGAUAAUGUUUUUGAGCAGUACAAAGAACAUCAAGUUUAUUUAAGUAUAAAGAAGCAGGUUAAUGAAGAACUUAGUAAUAAGGUAAAAGAAUGGACAUUGAUAGUAAAAGAUAAAUGA